GGUAAGAAGUACUAAAAACUUGUGUUUACCCCUCUUCGAAUUUGUGUUUCGGAGCAACUUGCUUUAUUUGACAUCUUCAUAAUCAAUCUCCUCCCGAUGGUUUUAUGAAGAUCAACUUUGAUGCUGCAGUUCGUGACUCCGGUUGUUCGUCUGUUCUAGUGGUUCGUGGAACAAACGGGCAUGUAGCUUUGGCAGUAGGAUUUCAGCAACUUGCCAUUGCUGAUCCCUACCCCACGGAACUUCUUGCAGCUAGGGACGCCGUCUCCCUUUUGGUCUCCAAAUCCCUUCCUCGUGUCGUCAUCGAAGGUGAUUCAGAAGUGGUGAUUCGUCAACUACGUCAAGGUGUUUCUUCUGAUUCCCUCGGAGGACCGAUGCUUUGGGAUUGUUUCCUUCUCCUAUCUUCAGUCUCUGUCUCCUUAGAGUUUAGGGCAGUUCCUCGGAUUGCUAACAGGGUUGUCCAUAGAGUGGCGCGGAAAGCCCUGUUACUUUCUCCUCUUGAGUUAUGUUCUUUCGACUUUGUUGGGUGGCUUCAUUGAUGUAGUGGGUUGGGAGGUUUUCGGGUAGAUUGUAUAAUUCUCUCUAUUGACAUUUAUUGGGAAAAAAAGCUAGAAAAAUAAAAGAGGAACUAUAUAUCUAAAGGAAACACCUUUUUUUAAAUUUAUAUCUAUUAAUGGAAUGUAUUUUUUUUUUCCAUUUCCCUUUAACAAGUAGAUGAAUACAAAAACUAAUAUAUUUACCAGAAAAAUAACAAUCUAAUAGGACCAAGUUGGUUUGGAAAUUUUGAUGUUCUAGAAACACAAUCCUGCUAUUCUGUUCACAAGGAAAUUAGUGAACAUGUGCUCACACGGCUGAGCUCGGCUCUUCUCACAUUUGAUGAGCCCUUUCCAAAACCCUUCAUUUUGGACCGUCGAUCUCGACUAGUAAAAUUGUACUGAGAAU